GAGUGGUGAGUAGUUGCUGACGCAAGGGGAUUCAGUGGGCCCGUGGCAGCGCAGUGAGUGGACACUGGUAAACGAUGAAGGCUAUGGGAACCGAAGGAAAAGGUCCACCAUUCACUCAGUGACACCUGGACGGACUGAAGGUGUCGUCUUAUUUACGUUAUUGGAUGUCAAGGAUUUGGACUACAUUCGUGAGGGUCAAGACGUGGAAGACCUUUGGUGGUUAGAAACUGAACGUUUACAGUAGCGGUUCUGGAAAGUGAAAGUAGAAUUACGUUAGCGUAUGAACUUUAUAGAAAGCCUUUUGGAAAGUCCAAUUAUUCAUCGAGAAUCUUGUGUUCUUGCUCAACCAAUACUUUUUUUUUUAAUCAAUUUAUCUCUGUGGCGGUACGUAUCUGUUCAUGCUGUCAUUCUGAGUAAAUGUUAAUUGUUAAUUUAGGCUAGACCGGCGACUGGUCAAACGAACCAUUAAGUUAUAGUUGUAGUCCUUUAUUUCGGGUUAAUAAUCACCAGAAAUAAAAGUCGUGUUGGCCGGGAUAAACAUUUACCUAAGAACUGUUUGACCAUGCUUCAAAAUGGUAAAACCAAAGAGGAAAAGUCUUCAGAACAGUCACAGACCCAGGCAGAGCCUCAAACUCAACCAGGGAUGGGGGAAGACGCUGCGCUAAAGACUGACAGUGACUCCACACACUUCCCUAUGCCAGUUUACCCUAAAGUGGAGAUCAAGCGCAACGCGGUGACUGACGAAUACAAAAUCUCUAGCCAAGUCUUGGGUUUGGGUAUCAACGGCAAAGUCUUACAGUGCUUCAACAAGAAGACCGGGGAGAAAUGCGCCUUAAAGAUACUCUAUGACAGUCCAAAGGCGAGACGAGAAGUAGAGCUGCACUGCCGGGUUUGUGGAGGGCCCUAUAUUGUGAGGAUCAUCAGCCUGUAUGAGAACAUGCACCAUGGCAAGAAGUGCCUUCUCAUCAUCAUGGAAUGUAUGGAAGGGGGAGAGCUCUUCAGCAGAAUCCAGGCCCGGGGAGACCAGGCCUUCACAGAGAAAGAGGGGUCAGAGAUCAUGCGUGACAUUGGGACGGCCAUCGAAUUCCUCCACAACGUAAACAUCGCACAUCGAGACAUCAAACCAGAGAACCUGCUCUACACAAGUAAGGAGACCAAUUGUGUGCUCAAGCUCACAGACUUUGGCUUCGCCAAAGAGACCACGCUGCACAACCCCUUGCAGACACCCUGCUACACGCCAUACUACGUGGCGCCGGAGGUCUUGGGCCCAGAGAAGUAUGACAAAUCAUGUGACAUGUGGUCUCUGGGCGUGAUCAUGUACAUUUUGUUGUGUGGCUUCCCACCUUUCUACUCGAACACGGGCCAAGCCAUCUCCCCGGGGAUGAAGCGGCGCAUUCGGAUGGGCCAGUACGAGUUCCCCAAGCCAGAGUGGGCCGAGGUGUCCCAGGAAGCCAAAGACUUGAUUACUCAGCUACUGAAGACAAACCCCAAUGAGAGAAUGACCAUUGUACAGUUCAUGAACCACCCAUGGAUCAAUCAAUCAAUGGCGGUCCCAGCAACACCACUUCACACUUGUCGGGUUCUGAAUGAAGACAAAGCCACGUGGGAAGACGUGAAGGAGGAGAUGACCUGCGCUCUGGCCACCAUGCGUGUGGAUUACGACCAGGUGACGCUCAAAGACCUGGACAUCUCCAACAACCCGCUGCUCAACAAGCGGCGCAAGAAGGCUGCCUCUGGGGGCAAGGGCGGAGGUACUGUGUGCAACAGUCAAUAGCCAGAGGGAGGAAUGAGGAAUGAGCAGUGGAGUGGAGUGGAGGGGGGAGGUGCACUCCUCCAGGCCUCCAUGAGAGAAGGGGACCUGGACAUGAAGGACGAUGAGAAAACAGAGCUGAAGAGAUGAAAAGAAUGGCUGAAGAAAAGGCCAAACUGUAAAAAUGCAGCCAUGAGGGGCUCUUGACUGUGUAGUUCCCUUAUGGAGGCGGUUUGAGGAGUGUUUUCAUAUCGCCAUGACUGAGGACCGCUGGUAUCAGUAGCCUACAAGCUGUUUUAUCUGUGUAAAUGCGUGUGUGUGUCUGUCUGUCUGUCUGUCUGUGUGUGUGUGUGCGCACGCAUCAGUGCGCGUGGCUUGUUUUGCAAUAUUUUAUAUACUUCAGCAGCUAAGUAAUGUAUUGGCAUGAUUUGGAGUGUUUGUGUGUGUGUGUGUGUUUCUAGACUGUGUGUGUGUGUGUGUGUGUGUGUUUAUAAGGGCAAGCUCUUGUGCUUGCUGUAUGGAACAGUUUAUUCCCUCUACACGUGAGAGGAAACUGUCUCUCUCUCUCUCCUUAGCUCACCCCCACUCCUGUCUGUGAUUAAAGCAAACCUUUAGCCCAACAAUGAUAUGAGUCUUUUGAGCUCUGACUGAAGAUAUGUGUAUGGUUCCAAGUGUUUGUAUUGGUGUCUCUGGUGUGCCUGUAGUCACACAAGGAUUGUGGAGGGAUUGUGUUUGGGCUUAGCGCUUCAACACCAACAGUUCACUCCAGAGACUAUCCUGUAACUGUCGCUGUGUACUGUUUUUUGAUGUUGAGUCCUUUUAUCAGGAUUAAAAAUGAAUUGAAUUUUGAAA